CUUCACCUGGCCCCAAGCUGAACGCUAUGGUCGACACGUCUCCGUCAUCCACGGCUAAAGCGAUGGCUUCGGCUGGAGAGGAAGGGCCGGCUGCCGCGGAGGCGCAGGUGGCGCACCAGGUGCCCACAGCUGCGCUGGCGGCUGCGCCGGCGGCUGCGCCGGCGGCUGCGCCCGCGGCGACCGAAGGCUACGGCCCUGGUGACGUCAAUCCUGAGUUGGUGCUUCAGGCCAUUGAGGCCGUCACGCAAGCGCUAGCCGAAUCGAAAGAAGCAAAGAAGCUGGAGGCGGAAGAGGUGCGCGAAGAUCUCGAGCUGCGGAAGCGCUUGGAGGCCUUCACGGCGGAGAAGGGCGCCGAGACUGUUCGCCAGGAGCUGGGCAAUGCCUCCAAGAUUCUCCGGCGACUCUCCGAGGACAUCCUCAACGUGAAGCUGCACGCUAUGCGACGAGAGGUGUUAGAGAGGACGGUGGGUGAGAGCUUGUUCUUCACUUUCGAGGAAGCCGGCUUCCAGGAGUGCUCCACGGAGACCGGCCAAGUGCUGCGCUGGGCUGGUCCUGACUGCAGUGAACGUCUCAAGGUGUCUCGACGGAAGGAAGUGCUACAUGAAGUGCAACGUGCUGCAGACUUGUGCUUAGAUCCUGACACCAUGAGCUUUGACCAAGUCUCAGAGAUGGUCUCCAAAGGCCGCACCUUGCCUGGUAUCCUUCAGAUUGAUGACAAAGUGGAAAAACCACUGCCCGCGAAGGAUUCCGCAUUGGAGAGACCCAAGAAGCCAUGGGAGAAGUGAGCAUGGGAUGCUUGAGACCGGUGCAACAUGAAGCAGGAACUCCAGAAAGACAAGCUCUUGAUUGAUCAGUUCUCC